GGGAUGUAGAUGCUGAAUAUCAAGGUCUAGCCUGUCGUCGGAAACAAUUUGGACGUUGAAUUAUUUGAGAAAGGCGAUAAAAAAACAGUUUCUGAGGAGUAGAAUGAAUAAUCACAAUCUCAGCCUUUUUCUUUACAUCUUGGCGUUUGGGGCGGUAAAAACCGACCGGCCCAGGGCUGCCUCACGGUCGGGCGAAACGCUGUUGGGUUGGCGCCGGUCUCAACCCAGUCAACCAGUCCACUGUGCCACUAACCCCAACCCACCUAAUCAAAGGGCUUGGCCAUCUCCAGCGCGCGCGCUACACUGAUUUCUCCGUUCCCUUCUUCAACCAUGACCGAAGCUGGCAUGUCGAUCGGACAAAGUUCUUAAUGCAACACCGUGGAAACUUCACCCGAUAACAAUCAAUUUCUGACUAUCUGAGCCUGGAAACCGGGGGCUCCUUUGUGGAUUGAAGGAUUGACUUUUUCCACUUGGUCCAGUACUUAUUUCUCAACGCGUGCCUACCAUGAAAGCCACUGUGUGUGCAUUUUCCUAAGUGCUCGUGUCCCGCAAGGCGCCAGCGCAGACCACACGACAAAACUUGGGUUUACUUUUCGGGCAGCCACACCAGCCUGAUUUUCAUCCUUUCCAUCAUUCAACACAUCGAACGAACCCCUCAUCCAGGUUUAUUUUUCGUCAACAUAAAAACCGCCUAGCCCGGCGUUUGGCGUCUCUGUGGGCACAGCACUGUUCGUCGCUCGCCGUCAUUGUACCUGGCCCUCGCCACGACCGACCGUAAUGGCAUCCUUCUUCACAUCCCCGGCAUCCUUCCGGGUCAACAAUAUGUUCGACAACCCGGCGCUGCCGCCAGCGUUGAUGGCGCAGAACCCGUUCGAGAUCUUCAAGAAGAAGCCGCACGAUUCGCAUCCUUCGCUGCCACACCUGGUCCUCUUGGUUUUCGAGGCUGUGAUGGAAGUCGUUUGUGUCGCUCUACCAGGCUACAUUAUCGCCAGGCUGGGCCACUUUGAUGCCGAGAAACAAAAGUUCCUUGCGAACCUCAAUAUUCAACUCUUCACACCAUGCUUGAUCUUCACCAAGCUGGCGUCGCAGCUUAAUGCUGACAAGCUGGUUGAUCUCGGCAUUAUACCUGUCAUCUUUGUUAUCAUGACGUUUGUUUCCUAUAUGGUUGGUUUGGGUGUUACGAAGGCGUUUGGGUUCGGCAGGCGCCCAGCAAAUUUCGUGAUCGCCAUGGGAGUUUUUGGCAACUCAAACUCCCUCCCCAUCUCUCUAGUCAUCUCACUGUCGCAAACGAUCUCGGGCCUACAUUGGGAUAGGAUCAAGGGGGACAAUGACGACGAGGUUGCAGCACGCGGCAUCCUGUAUCUGUUGGUGUUCCAGCAGCUUGGACAGCUCGUGCGAUGGAGUUGGGGAUACCACGUCUUGCUGGCGCCCAAAGACAAGUAUGAAGAGUAUAAUCAGGAACAAGCAGAGGCAGGCCGCUUGCGCUCCGGCAGUGUCGAUGGCGACAGCGUCAGCGAGAGGCGCGGACUGCUUGAGAACGGGAGCAUCCACGAGUCUGAGCCAGGGGUUAUGAAUUCGGACGACGAAGGAACCAUGCACACCGACUCAGAUUCGUACGUGCCGGCCGGCCGAACACCGAUUGCAAACCAUUCGCGAGCGUCGCCCGCUGAUACCGAUGACGAUGAUUCGGAUGGUAGCCGCCGCCCAAGUUCCGCGCCUGGUGGUCGCAAGAGUCGGAAGACUAGCAAGCACGGUAAUGCCGGGCCCCGCAACCACUCGAUCGGGCCUGGUCCCACCAACGGUCAUAUACCACAGCCACAUGAGAACGGCGACGACCUUCAUAUCCAGUCUUUCCCGCGCAUCCGUAACAAUGAUGAACAGGACAUGUCUGGUAGGGUCAAGGGCCUCAAGACGCGCGUAGCGAUGCUCAAGCGCAAGUCGACCAACUCGAUCAAAGCUUUCGGUUCGCGCCAGUUUUCCAGGCUGCCAGUCACAAUGCAGCGGGGUUUCAGGAUGCUUGGCAGGGGCCUAGAGAAAGCCAACGUUUUCCUGUGGGAGUUUAUGAAUCCGCCGCUGUGGGCGAUGUUGCUCGCCAUCGUCGUGGCCUCGAUCCCUUCGCUCCAGCGGCUCUUCUUCGAGGAGGGUUCUUUUGUACGCAACAGCGUAACCAGCGCUGUUUCCCAGACAGGUGGUGUCGCUGUGCCUCUGAUUUUGGUGGUCUUGGGCGCCAACCUUGCCCGCAACACGCAAAAGCAUGACUCGGUCGAUCCGGAAGAGAGGGAGAUCGGCACGAAGCUUCUAGUGGCCAGCCUGAUGUGCCGCAUGCUCCUGCCAACCAUCAUCAUGACGCCAAUCCUCGCCUUCUUUGCCAAGUAUGUCCCGAUCAGCAUCUUGGACGACCCGAUAUUUGUGAUCGUGUGCUUCCUGCUCACCGGAGCGCCGAGUGCCUUGCAGCUGGCGCAAAUAUGUCAGCUCAACGAUGUGUACGAGGGUGUCAUGGGCAAGAUCCUCUUCCAGAGCUACGUGGUAUGGAUCCUACCGAGCACGUUGAUUCUUGUGAUGCUUGCCCUUGAGGUUGUUGAAGCUGCGAAGUAGGUGAUGAAAAAGAAUUUAUUCUGGCAAAUAUGCCAACACUCAUUGUAUCAUUUUCCUUGUUGGUUUCUUCGUUUUUGAAAGGGAUUGAGUGCUCUGUGCGCAACACUCGGGCCUAGGCGUUUUGGUUUGCGCGUUUGGCUUGCAGAUGGCCUUCUAGGAGGAUAUAUGGGCAUAACUCCCCAUCUCCCUGGCCUUUCUUGGUGGCUCAUUUCCUUUGUCCUUCCUGUCGGGUCCGGGCAGAAUAUACGCAUAGAGCAAGUGUCUCACGGGCAACAGCAAUGUUAUUGUUGUAUUUGAAAAGUUGAAGUUGUAUCUUACUAGCGGUCUGACUUGUAAUUCUAUACCUGGAGAUGUGGUCAACAGGCAGGGUGUCAUGGCAUCUGUUGAACCGUACCCACAUCACAUGCUAGCUUAUAUACCAAGAUGAAUCUG